UUGGAAAAUGUUCCCAUUCAGACACUUUUUUUUCAGCCCCACUGGUGUGUUAUCGUAUCACAAAUUUAUUAAUAGACGUUUCUUCCGGAAGCUUACGACUUGUGUCAGUUUCAAAAGGGGGAUCUUUGGUCAGAAGCUGGAGGAGACGGUGCGGUAUGAACGGCGCUUUGGGAACAAGCUGGCCCCGAUGCUGGUGGAGCAGUGCGUGGAUUUCAUUCGGCAGCGGGGCCUUCGGGAGGAGGGUCUGUUCAGGCUGCCGGGACAGGCCAACCUGGUCAAAGAGCUGCAGGACGCCUUCGACUGCGGAGAAAAACCCUCUUUUGACUGUAACACAGAUGUCCAUACAGUGGCGUCUCUACUGAAGCUGUAUCUACGAGAGCUUCCUGAGCCUGUCGUUCCCUUCCACAAGUACGAUGACUUCCUGGCCUGUGCCAAAAUCCUUGGAAAAGAUGAGGAAGUGGGUAUGAAGGAGUUGAGGAAGCUUGUGGAAAGUCUACCUCCAGUCAACUACAACCUCCUCAAGUAUAUCUGCAGGUUUUUAGAUGAAGUCCAGUCAUAUUCGGGGGUGAAUAAAAUGAGCGUGCAGAACCUCGCUACAGUGUUUGGGCCAAAUAUACUGAGGCCCAAACUUGAAGAUCCAGUGGCUAUAAUGGAAGGUACUGUUUUGGUCCAGCAGCUCAUGGCGGUUUUGAUCGGCCGUCAUGAUGUGCUUUUCCCUCCAGAAGAGGACAGCCCCACAGCUCUGGAACUUGUCAAUAACAACAUUGACUUACUACAGCAUCAAGCAACAACAACUACCUCCUCCAUGACCGCGGUGUCUCAGAACGCGGAGAACAACAACGUGCACGUGGUCCGGCAGUGCGUUUGGGAAGCUCCCGAGUCUCCCUCACAUCGACAACAGGUAGACAACGGCGGAUCUCCGAGAUCUGCCAGUCCUCGUAACGGUGUGGCGGCGCGCUUUGACGUCACCCGCAGUCCGCCGCUGACUGUGAAAAAGAACCCGGCCUUCAGUAAAGGCAGCGGGAUCGUCACCAACGGCUCCUUCAGCUCCUCGCCCACCUCGGACCCCGGUCAGGAGAAGAGCCAGACUUUGAGCGGAGGGGGGAGUUUAAUGGCGCGACGCGGCGGGACGCUCAAAGGUUCAGGCACAAAAAUGGGCACCAGUGGAGUGACGAGUGGAAACACUGGCGGGAACGGGACCGGGGUCAUGCGCGUGGGCGUUACGAGCACCGACGUCCUCACCGGAAGUCUAAAUACCCGAAACGGCCUUUGGGUCCCAAACGGCUGCGUCACAUUACGUGAGAACAAUAAAACGCGAGACUGCUCCAACGCCGAUCAAACAUCCAACCAGAACCGGCUCUCCACCUACGACAACGUCCAGUUAAACCAGCAGAACCUCCAGCAGCAGAACCAGACGACCGGCACGUGUCUGAACAGCAGCUGUGAGGACAAGCAGAGCGUGGACAGCGCCACCUGGUCCACCUCCUCCUGCGAGAUCUCCCUCCCGGACAACUCCACCUCCUGCCGUUCCUCCACCACCACCUGCCCCGAGCAGGACUUCUACGGAGGCCACUUCGAAGACUUAGACGGACCGGCCCGGGAGAACGAAGCCGCCCAGAGCGGCGGAGGAACGGGAGGCGAGGCGGAGGGCGGAAACGGCAACCGAGAAGGAGGAGGAGACGGAGCGGGGAGGAGCAGCCGAGGCACCAGCAGCAGCGACAACAGCGAGUGUUUGAGUGGAAGUACCGGAGCUGGCAGCCACAGCGCUCUGCACAGUUUAGUGGCCAGUCUGAAACAGGAGAUGCACAAGCAGAAGACCGAGUAUGAGGCCAGGAUAAAGAGUUUGGAGCAGCGGAACCUGGAGCUGGAGACAGAGAUGGUGAACCUCCACGAGGAGCUGGACCAGGAAAGGAAGAAGUACACCAUGGCAGAGAUCAAGCUGCGCAACGCCGAGCGGGCCAAGGACGACGCCGAGCGACGCAAUCAGAUGUUACAGAAAGAGAUGGAGCAGUUUUUCUCCACCUUCAGUGACCUAACGGCAACCGGCAACACGGCGGCCACCGAGCCCCGGCGAACCGAGCGCAACGACCCCAUCUGGAUCCAGUGAACGCAACGACCCCAUCUGGAUCCAGUGAACGCAACGACCCCAUCUGGAUCCAGUGAACGCAACGACCCCAUCUGGAUCCAGUGAACGCAACGACC